GGUUGCGUGUGUGCGCAUGCCGCACGAUGACCGCAACGUACGCGAAUGAGUCGACGAGUACGAUCGGUUCCGAGGAACGCAAAACUGCGUGGAUGUUCGAAGAAGCGCGCGGAGAGAAAGGUUCGAUUGCAGCCGCAAGGGUGAGCCACGAGGGGGCGGGAGAGGGUGCCCAAUCGGAGGAAUUACUCAGGACAAUGAAAAAUGAGAUUGAACAAGAGAAUUUAACAGUAGCAAUCGAAACUUCUUAUCUUUCUUAUCAAACUCAAUCCAAUAGAUCAUCAGUGAUUUUCGAGAACGAAACGAAAAGAAAAGAUGAAAAAAAUAAAGAGAAUAAAGAAUCUUCGCGGUUUUGUGAAGAGAACAUUGAACAGGUUUCUACAACUGAAAUAACAGAUGAAUCCGGAGGAAAAUUUUCAACCGAAAGGGAUCUUUCGCAAAGCAAAGAUUCUUCGAACACGAGUUUCCACGAGAAAUUGAUCAGAAUCGAUGAAGGAUCGCUCGAAAAUGUACGACAAUCAAUCAAGAAAGAACUGACGAUUGUUGAAGAUGUAAAAAGUUUCAACUCAAAAAGAGUACUUUUCACGCACGGUACAUUAGAAAUUAUCCAUAAUGCUAUAAUUGGAGAGGAAGAGAGAAAGGGAGAGGAAGAGAGAAAGAGAGAGGGAAAGAAGAAAGAAGAAAAAAUAAAUUCAAAAAACGAGUCGUAUGAUCCAGAGACUGAACUUGAUUUUCACGAGGCUGUACGUACUGGCGAUGCGAAGUGCGUCACGACACUUCUUGCAACUGGUCGCGUCCAGAAUCUCGACGAACCGGAUUGGAACGUCUCUGGUGAUCCGCCGUUGCUGGUUGCCGCCACGAAUCAUUGUAUAUCUGUGCUUAACGUAUUAUUAGCCAACGGAUGUGAUCCAGGCGUGCGUUCUCCUCGUGGGGAAACAGCAUUACACAGAGUUAUACUCAACGGAGGGCCAGGAAAUGUUCUAAAUUUCGUGGGAGAACUUCUAAAAUAUGGUUGCCCUGCCGGAGUUAAAGAAGCCGGGGGUGGAUUGACAGCGUUGCAUGUUUUAACACGACAGCUGGCCCAUGCGCAAAAUUCGAAGAGCCUUAAUCAUGAUUACGAAGCGGCGUUGAAAACAUUGGAUUUGCUGGCAAAGGCAGGACCUGUCAAUGCCAAAGAUCAUCAAGGUCGGAGUGCGUUACAUAUUUUGGCGUCCUCCACAGUAUUCGAUAAUAACCAUAGAACGGAAAUAGAAUCAUUAAUAGAGACUCUACUGGCGGCAGGAGCGAAUCCUGGUUUAAAAAACGAUCGCGGAGAGAGUCCAUUGCACGAAUGCCUUGAGUGUGGUGCCUUGAACACUGCACUUUUGUUGAUACCUCACACAUCACCUGGUAUAAUGUCGCGUUACGGUGAAACACCGUUGCAUAUUGCCUCGAGAAAGAACUACGUCGAUAUGGUAGCAAAACUACUAGAACAUGGCGAGGAUCCUAGCGUGCAAGAUGUCGGUGGCAAUACACCCCUACAUCUUGCUUCUGCAAGAGGCUUCCAUCGAACGGUUUCUCUUUUAGUUACAUCGCCUCUUGCUCAAUUGGAAAAGACAAAUUUGGAUGGUUUAACAGCCCUGCAAGUUGCUGCCGAAAGUGGCUUUGUUAACGCUGUAAGACUUCUUUUGAAGGCUGGAGCUGAUCCAAGUCAAACGAUACAUUAUUGUACAACGACUCUACAUCGUCAUCCAGAUAUCUCGAUUUUGAUAGAUCAUGAAUUGACGAGACGUCGUCAACUUGCUGCUUGAUUAUCCAUAUGAUUGAUGAUAAAUCAUCAAGAUUUUUCUAUUCGACUUUCUUUCUAGAAUGCGCAUGAUUGUUUAAUAAUCGGUGUCAUCAUUUGUUAUUGAAUGUUCUAUUAGGAAUCUAUUGAUGCUCUAUUUACUUGAUAUUGUGAUGUUAAGAAGACGUGCGAUUAAAUAAUGAUAAAAAGAACAAUAGAUAUUCGAAGAUUGUGUGAUAUUGAAUUAGAAUUAUAUCAUUCGAUUUGUUACGUAUGUUAUAUAUAUGUACACACACACAGUACGCCCGCGCGCGCGAGCACACUCAUAGCAUACAUUAAUUGAAAAUAAAGUCUGUUACAUCGA